AGUGAAAAAUAGAAAGAAAAAUAAUAAUAAAAUGACCAGAGGACUCUUUUAUCAGGAAGAUAAAGAACAGACCUAAAAUAAAAAAAUAAAUAAAAAAUAAAUAAAGAAAGAAAAGAAAAGAAAAAAGAAGAUAAAGAUCAGAAAUAUUCUUACAUCUUCAUAUCUUCUUGUUCUUGUUCUGAAUAAUAAAAUAUGCAUAGACUGAUCUUCUCUGUUCUCUUGGAGAAGGGAAAAAAAAGUUUCUGGAAUUACAGCCAGUAGCUUCAAUCUAUUUUGGACUCUCCAUUAUUUUGCAGUUCCUUGCCAUUUGAGAAUCUAAAUUCUCUAGUGUUAACUGAAAUCCAUGGAAGUUAAGGAAACAACCACGGAAGUUAAGGAGACAAAAUCUUGUUCAGGAUAUGAGAAACCUCCAUGGGUAUUUAAAGGAAGUGCCCUGUACCAGCUACAUCUUGUGAAAUCGGAAACUGCUCGAGCUUUCAUUCCGAAAGAGUUCAGAUUAGUUGAAGCUUUUGGAUAUACUCUUGGCGGCUUCUUUCUUGCCAGUUAUGAUGACAGUCCUGCUGGAAGCUUUGAAGAGCUUGUGGUGAUGGCAGGAAUUGUAUGGAACCCACCUACAUCUUGUGGAUGGGCUGCUAGGGUGCUUGUAAACAGUGAUGAGGCAUGCUUCCACGGGCGAAAGGACGUAGGACUUCCAAGUCAAGUGGCCAAGUUUUCAAAGAGAAUUACAGAAAUACCAAGGCAAUCAAAUAGUAAAAUCAAUGGUCUCCUGAACAUGAUUGGUCUGGGUUCUACUGUUUCUAGUCCAAAGAAUUGUAAAAAUGUUCAAGUUUCUGAAAUCAAGGGUCCUGUUGCAACAGAUAUCUGUGCCAUCAACCUUGGUAUUGCUGUGCCUGAGCAAAAUCCCAACAAGUUCCUGGGGCCAGUCAUCAAGAUGUCACUUCCAAGCUUUAGCGGCCGAACAGAGUAUAAUUCAAACCUUCUUAAGUACUCUUGCCAGAUUGAAUGCAGGAUGAGACCAGUGCAUCCAGCAAAGGUGUUGGGGCCGUCUCUAAUACCAAAAAAUGACGCAGAACAGUCUUCUGAAUGGCAAAAUUCUGAUUUCAUGGAUCCUACAACCAGAGAGGUCGGAGAAAAAGAAAGAAAUCUCAGCAUAUCUGUGAUGUUAUCGAAGCCAAUUCUAGCUUUGGAGUUCAAUUGUCUGAAAAUGCAGAUUGUGUUUUAUGUAGGACUCCCAAAGAACAGACCCUUCACUCAACUGUGCCUGUUACAGCUAUAUAUGACUUGGGGCCUGGAUAGGUAGGGCCAUUUGGUUCACUGAUGAAAUUCUGAAGAUUCUCAUUUGCAGUGAUGUUUGGAAGUAUGGUUUACUGAGAACCCUACAUGCUUCCCAAACUGGUAACUAUGGUACAGAAAGGACCAAAUGUCUGGGAUAUUAUCUUUACUAAUUUCUCCUAAACAUGCAUCUAUAUUGAGACAAAUGAGCAACUAAUCUGAUCAUCACAAUAUCAAACAUGGAUGGACUUUAUUUAAUGUUUCA